AUCAACAGAACACUGUUUUCAACUAGAUGUUUCUCCUAAUGUUUUGUGACCAUCAGAUGAAUUCUGUGUGAUUAUUUUGUGAAGGUAAAUUUAUUCUAAAUGCUGUGGUAAAUUUCUGGCAGUUUAGAGGACUCUCCCAGUCAGAACAUAUGGAAAAGGAAGAGGGACAGGUGGGGUCUGAAGUGGACAUUUUGCAGUGCAGAAACUAAUAGCAAUGAAGACAUAUGUUUUGAGAGUGUGGUAUGUGCAUGUGUUGGUGCUGUGUCUGAAUGCAGCUGAGGAUUUCCAAUGGACAAAGAAUAAUCCUGGCUCCUUCUAUUAUGGCACUUUUCCAACUGGAUUUUUAUGGGGAGUUGGCAGUUCUGCCUUCCAAACUGAAGGAGCCUGGGACAAAGAUGGGAAAGGACCAAGUAUCUGGGAUACUUUUACUCACAAAAAAGGGAAAGUGUUUAUGAAUGAAACAGCAGAUUCAUCAUGUGAAGGAUACUACAAAGUUAAGGAUGAUAUUCAGUUACUGAAGGAGCUGAAAGUUAAUCACUACCUGCUUUCUAUUUCAUGGCCUCGUAUUAUUCCCACUGGUAUUAAAAAAGAACAGGUGAAUGAAAAGGGAAUAAAAUUCUAUAAUGAUACAAUUAAUAGUCUUUUGGAGAACAAGAUUAUCCCUAUUGUGACCCUCUACCACUGGGAUCUUCCACAGGUGCUGCAAGAAAAGUAUGGUGGAUGGCAGAAUAUAAGCAUGAUAAGUUAUUUUAAUGAUUAUGCAAAUCUAUGUUUUGAGAAGUUUGGGGAUCGUGUGAAAUACUGGAUUACCUUUAAUAACCCUUGGGCAAUUGCUGAAGAGGGCUAUGAGACAGGAGAGCAUGCACCAGGACUGAAGCUCAGUGGAGUAGGGGCAUACAAAGCAGCACAUCAUAUAAUUAAAACUCACGCAAAGGUCUGGCAUUCUUAUAAUAAGACAUGGCGUAGCAAGCAACAAGGUAUGGUUGGAAUUUCUUUAACUAGUGCAUGGGGUGAACCUGUUGACCUAACAAGCCAGAAGGACAUUGAAGCUGCUGAAAGAUAUGUGCAAUUUUACUUGGGAUGGUUUGCCAAUCCUAUAUACAGUGGAGAUUACCCUGAAGUUAUGAAAAAUUAUGUGGGUAGAAAGAGUGCUCAACAAGGCCUGGGCACAUCAAGAUUACCAUCCUUCUCAGUACAAGAGAAAAGCUACAUUAAGGGUACAUCUGAUUUCCUGGGAAUAAGUCAUUUUACUACUCGUUACAUUAUAGAGAAGAAUUAUUCUGCCUUCCAAGGGCCCAGUUACCACACUGAUCGUGAUUUGGCAGAACUGGUUGAUCCAAAGUGGCCAGAUCCAGGAUCUAAGUGGCUAUAUUCUGUGCCCUGGGGAUUUAGAAGGUUACUCAAUUUUGUUAAGACACAGUAUGGAAAUCCUCUGAUUUACAUAACAGAGAACGGAGUUUCAGAAAAGCUGCAGUGUAUUCAGUUGUGUGAUGAAUGGAGAAUGGAUUAUCUGAAAGGAUAUAUUAAUGAGCUGCUAAAAGCUAUCAAUGAUGGUGUUAAUGUAAAAGGUUAUACUGUCUGGUCUCUACUGGAUAAAUUUGAAUGGAAUAAAGGUUAUUCUGAAAGAUUUGGGUUAUACCAUGUUGACUUUAAAAAAGGGAACAAACCUCGAUACCCAAAGGCAUCUGUUCAAUAUUACAAGAUGAUCAUCAAUGCAAAUGGAUUCCCAAAUCCAAGAGAGGUGAAAAGUUGGCACCAAAAGGCCAUAGAAACUUGCUCUAUCACAAACCAACUCCUUGCUGCAGAGGAACAGCGGAAUGCUGCUGCUAAUAUACUGAGGCUAAUUCAUGAUCCCUUGACUUCUCACAUGGAAAUGGUGACUGAGAUUGUGGUGCCAACGGUGUUCACACUAUGCAUACUUAUCAGUGCCAUUCUAUUAAUGUUUCUCCUUCGGAAGCACAACUAAAACUACAAGUUUACAUAAUAACUUCAUUUUGCAUAAGCAAUAAAAUGCCAUUCUGAUUCUUACACUGUUUAAAGGUUUCGCAUAUGCUUCCUUUAUGUAACAUUGUAAUGUUAAAAAAAAUCAGCUUUACUAUUGUGUACAUAUUGUUGCUUCCACAUAUUAGUUAAUUUCAGCUAUAAGACAUAAUUUAGCAAUUUUACAAAGACAAUUCAGAUAUCUCAGUAUUAUUUUCUAUCAAAACUCAACUGCAAGUUUUAUCUUCCUUUAUGUCGUGCACAGUAUGUGUUUUCUUCAUUAAAACAACAGUUGGCUGAGAUUAAAUUGUUUCAAAGCUUGCCAGGAUAUAUUUCAAGGAAAGGCAGAUUGUUGGCAAGUUCUGUUUUCAACCUGUUCAUCACUGUAUUUUUAAAUUACCGUGAAAGUGCUAAUACAGAAAUAUGAACACAGAAUACUUACAGCAUAACAUACUUCAAAAUCUUAAUGGUAUUGCAUAAAUAUUAACUAUUUAUCCAUACACAAGAAUAAUUAGGUAUUAAUAUCCCAAAUUUUGCAUGCAGGUGUAAGAUGUGAUAGGCUAACUGACUUGUUCACAAAUGGUCAGAGCCAGAACCAGAAGUACAGAAUCUAGGCACCUAAACUACCUUAUCAUUAGGGUCCCGCGAAACUCAGUCCAUUUUGGUCAAUUUCAUGAUUACAAGAUUUUAAAAAUCAUAAAUUUCAGUUUCAGAUAUUUAUAACUGAUAUUUUACUGCUGAAAGGUGGGGAUCCCAGACCAAAAAGAGCUUGUAGGAGGGGAGAUCACAAGGCUAUUGUGUGUGGGGGGUGAGGGUUCACAAUAUUGCCACUGUUUCUUCUUAACUGGUGCUUUCAGAAUUGGACAACUGGAGCAUGGCAGCUGCUGACUUGGAACCCAGCUCUCAAGGCAGCACCACUGCCAACAGUAGCACAGAAGUGAGUAUGGCAUGGUAUGGUAUUUCUCCCUUACUUCUGUACCACUGCCAGCAGCAGUGCAAAUAUAAGUGUAGCAAUACCAUAGUGUGCCACCCUUACUUCUGUGCUGCUGCUAUCAAAGGUAGGUGGAAAGAAAGCAACAACUGCUGGCCAGGAGUCCAGCUCACCACCAGAAGUACCGCAAAAGUGAGAAUGGCCUGACAUAGUAUUAUCACUAAUACUUCUGAACUGCUGCUGGUGACGGUGCUGCAUUAAAGGUGGAUUCCCAGCCAGCAGCAGCAGAGCUUCCUGCAGUCAGGAGAGGUUCCUGGAAGUGAGGCUGAUCCAGCACUGGGAGCAGCCCAUUGUAGGGGAAGAGGAAAUCCAAUCACUCCCCUGCAUAGCUAGAAUUAGCAGCUGUAGCCCAGGCACUCAGUACCCCUGACUGGAGAGCUCCCAGCCCUGCUACUAGCUCAGUGCUCAGGAGUUAAAGGGGCUUUGGGCUGGCCAUGUGUGUUUGGGGAGUGACCACAGUGCCCCGGGGAGUCACAAGCAUCACCCAACCAGCUCUGCUCUUCCUCCCACUCCCACAAAAGUGACAAACCCUUUCAUACCUUUGGACCUUAAUGUUUGCACUGCUGUUGGUGGCAGUAUUUCCUUGAGAGCUGUGCACUCUCUGGCCACCCAGCUCUAAAGCUGUGCUGCCACCAGCAGCAGCGCAGAAAUAAGGGAGGCAGUACCAUGACCCCAUGACAAUAGCCAGAUUUCUAGUGGAGACUAGAUUUCAUGGUCCAGGACACAUUUUUCAUGGCGAUGAAUCUACUAGCACCCUACUCAUGAUACAUCUUUCUUUAUUAGAAAAUGUUGCACACAAAAAAAUAAAAUCCAUGUGAUCCAAAGACUUGGACAUAAAAAUUAAUCUACCAUACCAAAUUCAAUACUGCUGCAAGUACAGCUUAAUCAAGAUGCACCUGCUUUUACAAAACUAAACUAGUUCCAGAGUAUGGUUAGCAACUGCCAUUGCUUGGCCUGAAAGCAUUCCUCGAAAGCAAGACACGAAGCAAACUUUAUAUGUUCACAACUUUUACAAAAAUUCCAAAACACAAACUCAUGUGGGGAUCUCCAGUUAACUAUGCACAAAAAUAGAUAGAAUUCUAAGCUUCUACUCAAGGGUGAAUAAAAAUCAACGACAGCCUAGGGCUGGCUGCGAAGAUUGGCAGCAGCGGCCCGGGGGCCUGGG